AUGAUAAGGUUAUCUAAGAAGAGGGAAAUGGGAUCAAUGGAAAGCUAUAGAGGCUCGGUGAGACUGAUCUUUUCUGGGUAUUUUUUGUUGUUAGCUUUUGCUUCCAUUUCAGUGCCAAGAGCUCAGGGCUGGAGCAAAGAGGGUCAUAUUUUGACAUGCCAGAUUGCGCAGGGACUUUUAGAGGCUGAGGUAGUAGAGGCUGUUAAAAGUUUAUUGCCGGAGUAUGCUGAAGGAGACUUAUCAUCACUGUGCACAUGGCCGGAUCAAAUCCGGCACUGGUACAAAUACCGCUGGACUAGCCCUCUUCAUUUCAUUAACACCCCGGACGGUGCUUGCUCUUAUGUUUAUUCUAGGGACUGCCAUGAUCAGAAUGGCGUGAAGGACAUGUGUGUGGCUGGUGGUAUCCAGAAUUACACCUCUCAGCUCUCCCACUACACAGAGGGAACCUCCGAGAGUCCAUAUAAUUUGACUGAGGCCUUGCUAUUUCUAUCACACUUUGUCGGAGAUAUCCACCAGCCAAUGCAUGUUGGAUUCACUAGUGACGAAGGAGGUAACACCAUUGAGCUACGUUGGUUUAGGCACAAAUCAAAUUUGCACCAUGUAUGGGAUAGGGAGAUCAUUCUUACUGCUCUAGCGGAUUAUUAUGACAAGGAUAUGAGCCUUCUCCUCCAAGACAUUGUUGCAAACUUCACCGAUGGAAUCUGGUCCGAUGAUGUUUCGUCAUGGAAACGUUGUAACAAUGUUCAACUCCGAACAUGCGUUAACAAAUAUGCGGUUGAGAGCAUAAAGUUAGCUUGUGAAUAUGGUUACGAAGGGGUUGAGGCCGGCCAAACUCUUUCAGAUGAUUACUUCAACUCGAGGUUGCCGAUUGUAAUGAAACGAAUAGCACAGGGUGGAAUACGAUUAGCCAUGAUUCUGAAUAGGGUUUUCUCUGACAGUCAGCGAGGAUUAGCAUUGCCCAUUUAAACUCACAAUUAAAUGUUCUGUUGGGACAAUCUAGUGGUAAAACCACAACUUCCUUUAAUAAAGGUUCAAAAUUUGAAUCC